UCACUUGACUGUCUUGUCGAUAUAAUAGACACACUUCGAUUGGUGCCGCGUUCGAAACAACUGGUAACUCGGAAAUCACCGACUUCAGUGUGUUCAAAACAAUUUGGAACUCGGAAAAAAACGAGCUCCGACUGGGAAAAAUCGAUUUGAACGGUCUUCCAACUCGGAAACUCGGGCCUCUAAAUCUAGAUAGCGACCUGAAGAUCACUGACGUCAUGAUUUUACCUUGUAUUUUUUUUCCGAGUUCCCAGUUUGGAACGCAGCAUUAGAUCACAGGCCUGCGUCAUCAUUACGCGUUUUAUGUACACGGAAGUAGCCAGCAGAAAACCAAAAACAGGACGAAUACAGAAGUCCAUCUGGGUGUUGGUGUGUUGCGUUAUCCCCAGAGAGAUGGGUCAGACCCUGUGUAUCUGUUCCCGCGGCUCCAUCACCAUUGACAAAAGAUACUACUUCAUCCAGAAACUAGAUGAAGGGUUCAGCUAUGUGGACCUGGUGGAGGGGGUGCAGGAUGGGCGUUUCUACGCCCUGAAGAGAAUCCUGUGCCAUGACCGGGAGGGUCGCCAAGAGGCUCAGACGGAGGUGGAGAUGCACCGUCUCUUCAGCCACCCCAACAUCCUGGGCCUGGCAGGGCACACCUUCAUAGAGAGGGGGGGCAAGAGUGAGGCCUGGAUACUGCUGCCCUACGUUCAGAAGGGCAGUCUGUGGUCAGUGCUAGAGAAGCUGAGGGACAAGGGCAGCUUCAUGCCAGAGAGACGCAUCCUGAAGGUCCUACAGGGCAUCUGUUCUGGACUGAAGGCCAUGCAUGACAGAGGCUACGCACACAGAGAUCUGAAGCCUACCAAUGUACUCCUAGAGGAGGAUGACAGGCCGCUGCUGAUGGACCUGGGUUCUAUGAACCGCUCCAGGAUGGAGGUCAAGGGGACCAGGGAGGCCAUGACAGUACAGGACUGGGCAGCUCAGAGGUGUACUAUAUCGUACCGCGCCCCUGAGCUGUUUAACGUGGAGAGCCACUGCGUCAUCGAUGCGUCCAUCGAAGACCGUACAGACAUCUGGUCUCUGGGCUGUGUACUGUACAGCAUGAUGUUCCUGGAGGGGCCCUAUGACAUGGUGUUCCAGAAGGGAGACAGUGUGGCCCUUGCCGUCCAGAACCCAGUUACCAUCCCUCAGCCAUGCAG